UCCCCCUUAGAUUUGACAACAAUGGUCGUCUGCCCAAAAAUUCAGUUGAGUUCAGUCAGCUGCUGAUUAAUCAUCAACAAAGUUGGGUUUUGGUCACAUGUAACAUUAACCACAGAUCUGCCACAGAUACGUUGUAUGACUUGUAUCUUUACUAGGGAAAAACCCCGAAAAAUAUUACUGAUCUCUUAUCUGUCAAUCUUGAAACGUUCAUGUAAAUUACGCAUGAAAUCGCAUUCUUGGAUUGUAAAGUUGUUCCUGUUCUAAAUUUUCAGUUGAACUGAUUUUCCAAAAUGGUGUUUGAAGCUGUGGUUUCUAGUCAGCUAAAUAAAUUUCUGGGUGCCUACAUUGAAAAUCUCAACAGUUCUCAACUAAAGUUAGGACUUCUUGGAGGUGAUGUUGUGCUGAACAGGCUCGUUCUAAAGCAGAGUGCUUUAGAUGAAUUAGAUUUGCCUGUGAAGACAGUAGCUGGUCACAUAGAUGAGCUGGUGUUGAAGAUACCGUGGACAAACAUUUAUGCUGCACGAACACAAGUGUGCAUCAAAGGGUUGUAUUUAUUGGCCAUCCCUAAUCAGGGUGUUGCUUACGAUGCUGAAAAAGAAAGGGUUGCCAGUAAGGAGGCAAAAGAAAGGCAGCUAGCCCUAAUUGAGGACGCCAAGGCGCGUGAAACAGCAGGCGAAAAUACGCAAGAAAAUGAUGGUUUCGUGGCCAAACUAGCGGCGCAAAUCCUUCAGAACUUAUUGGUGACGGUGGAAGAUGUCCACAUUAGGUUCGAGGAUAAUAUUACCAAUCCAAGUCAUCCGUUUGCGUUUGGAAUGACCAUGAAGAAACUGGCCCUUGAAAGCACAGAUGGAAAGUGGGUUCCGACUCUUAUUUCUGAGCCAUCAAAGCAAUUCUACAAGCUCUUGAGUCUGGAAUGUCUCUCAGUUUACUGGCUGAGUAACGUCACACAACUGUUAAGUAAAAUGAAGAACGCAGACCAGGUGGAGCACUUUCGAAAAGGCAUUGCAAAUGCCAACUCAAGACCCUAUGGAGAUUCCUACGUCGCUGGACCUAUAACGUCCUACGCAAAACUGCGAAUCAACACUCGACCAGAGCUUGAUGGCUCCAACUACACGAUCCCUAAAAUCUUCGUCAACCUAACGAUGGAAGAAAUUUCGAUGGGACUUACGCCAAGUCAGUACAACGACAUUGUCGGAUUCCUGGGCAACAUUGAAAGGUUGAAUCGAGGAUCGCCAUAUCGCAAGUAUCGACCUGUCAUCGGCAGAUACAAGAAAUAUGCCAAAUAUUGGUGGCUGUUUGCUUAUCAAUGCGUUCUGGAAGAAAACGUCCGCCGCAGGAGAAGAAAUUGGCGUUGGUCCCACAUGAAAGAACACAAGGACAUGGUACGUCAAUACAUCGAACUUUACAAAACAAAGCUCUGGCAAAAGAAGGAAGACGUGAAGCUAAAAAGAAGCUUGGAAGAAUUAGAAAGCCGGCUUGAUGUGUUCAAUAUUACUUUGGCCAGAAGACAAGCGGAAGUGAAGGUCGAACGAAUGAGAGUAAACGAACAGAAAAUCAAGGAGGAUGCCGAAGCACAACAGAAAACUAGAGGUUGGUUCGGUGGCUGGUUUGGGUCCGGAGCUUCUUCCGUCGCAGUCAGCCCUGAGGCUGAGAGUGUUGUUAAAAGUCUUCAAGCAGAGAUGACCCCUGCCGAAAAAGCAAAACUAUUCAACGCAAUUGGAUACGAAGAAAAUGCAGUUCCUGCUAAUUUCCCGAAAACAUUUGUUGAAAAUCGUUUCGAGUUUUUUCUCAAGAAGCUCGUUAUUCUGCUGCACGAUAACACCAACAAGAAACAACCAGUUAUCUUACUGUCGAGCCUCAGUAGAGUGGAAGCCACUGUUGAGCAACGCCCGGCUGGUCAAGCCCUAAAUGCAAUUGUCAAAAUUGGGAACUUCGUUAUAGACGGGACUCCUCAGGACGAAAAUAUUCCUAGUUUAGUACGACCAUUGGAAGCCAACAAGGAAAUCCUUACUCUUGUGUAUGAAACAAACCCGCUUGAUGAAAGUUGUGACAAGAGAAUUAGAAUGGCGGCUGAGCCGUUGUUGAUCACUUACGAUGUAGCAACCCUAAGAAAAGUCAGCGCCAUGUUUGAAUCGAAAGAGGCUUCCCAGCUUACCCAACUUACGGCUGUGGCCAGGCAGAAGCUGGAAGAUUUGAAGAAGACUUCCGCUUUAGGCUUGGAUUACGCCAUUCGAAAUCAUGCCGUCAUGGAUGUUGAUGUGAAUAUCAAAGGAUCGUAUUUGGUACUACCUUUCGGUGGUUGCCUCAGAAACAAUAGCGGUAAGAUCCUCUGCAACAUGGGCAACUUUUCGUUGAAGAGUGUCGAUUCCAGGAAACGAAGUGAUGAGUCAAAAGUGAGUCAGUUGAUGCGCAUUGGAAGUACUGAGCAAGAUAUUCUUGAGGAGAUGCUUAAAAGCAGUUACGACAAAUUUUCGCUCAGCCUUCGCGACGUUCAAGUUAUCUCCGUACUGCCUGAUGAAGAUUGGAAUGUUCUAGUCAAAGACACCAAAACAGAUGUUUUCAUUUUGAAACCUAUGAGUAUCGAGUUAAUCGUCCAAAAAUGUCUUUUACUCGACGACCCUCGACUCCCAAAAUUAAAAGUUUCCGGGCAACUUCCAUCGAUUCAUAUUGAUGUGCUAGAUACUAGAUUGGUAAAUUUUGCUGCGGUAUUGAAAAGUAUACCCUCUCCGACUCCCGACGUUUCCCAUGAAGUUGUUGCCUCGGUUGUUACCGAGGUGGAGUUGCCAACUCACAUCAGCCGUGAUGAUAGUGCCUUAGAACAUUUGGAAGAAGUUUUCAAGAUUGCCAGCAACAAAGACAGCCUUCAGGAAACGACGGAUAUGGAAGCAGCUAAACCUAGCAUCGAACCCGAACUGUUUCAACCCACGGAGUUGAUGCUGCAGUUCGAAUUUCAGGACGUUCGAUUAAGUUUGUCAGUUGCACACGACAAUCACCUCACGAAACCUGUCCUUUCUUUCGGGAUGGAGAAUCUGGCAUUAGUUUGCACGAAGAAAACUUUUGAAACCGUCGUGGAUCUCACUCUUAAAGACUUAAGCCUUAAUUUCGUCGACCAUUUGGCUAAAGAGGGUCAACAAAAGAGCGUGAAAAUCAUCAACAGUUACGAUUCUUCAAAAGAAUUGCUCCGUGUUCGCUUCGUGGACGUUGACAAGCAUUCCCCCGAAUUUCACGCAAGGCACAAGUCGGUGGUGAGGAAGCUUGAAGUGGAAAUCUCGUAUCUCGACUGUGAUUUUCAUCAAGAAGCCGUCAUUGACUUACUUCAAUUGAGCUCCGACCUCAACUCUCGGAUCGAUGACACACUUUCUGUCGAGUCAACUCGGUUGACUAAUUCUGCUGAUGCCCUAAAGAACCAGUCGGUUAAAAUUCUCGUUAGUGAAGGUAAAGAGAAAAGGCGACGAACUGCAUCAACGGAAAUUGUAGAUUUUCAGUUGAAAGCUCAGUUCGAUCACUUUGGCGUGAAUGUACUGACGCGGAAGCUGCGUCUGACUGAGAUUACAAUCAGUGGGUUGGAGAUUGAAACCUCCGUUCGAGCUUCACACAUCGUUUUCGAAGCUGGGCUCAAUGAAUUCCGCAUCGCAAACCCCAACGGCAACACACUUUAUCGGGAGAUUGCUUCCGUUGUAGACGGAAGAGCUAUCCAGUUGCUGGUAAAGAUUUUUAAUAACGCCACGGAAGACGUCGACUAUGUCGAUAUGAAUAAAGUCGACCUGGCAAUCCACUUGAAAAUGAGUCGGAUGAAAGCAGUCUAUUUGAGCAGCUUUGUGAAGGAUUUGCUGGCCUUCGUCAAUCACUUCCAAGCGGCCAAAGAAGCUCUUAUCGAAGCAUCAUCGGCCGCUGCUACGGCUGCCAGAGAAAACGUGCAGAAGGUCUACGACAAAGCGACUCGCAUUCUGUUGGAUAUUGAAUUCCAAGCCCCGUAUAUUAUCAUCCCCCAAAGAUCGAAUAGUGCCGACGCUCUGAUUAUUGAUCUUGGGCAUUUCACCUUGAAAAAUCGAUUCGACCUGAGGAAUGUUCGCAACGAGAUAGGUUCUCCAGCCAUCAUGGAUUCAAUCAGCCUAAACCUUCAAGAGCUUCGCAUCUUCUUGGCCGUCGUAGAUGGCAUGAAAGUGAAAUCGGAGAGAGGACUCAUCGAGCCGCUGUCGUUCAAUUUGGAUCUAGUGCGAAAUUUAACAAGUACUUGGUACAAUGAAGAACCUAAUCUCAGAGUAGACGUAGAGCUGGGCAAAGUUAGUAUCGUCGUCAGCGAGUUUGUCUACCGCAAGCUCAUGCAGAUUGUCUUCGAUAAUUUGGAAGAAGGACAUAACCAACUGACCGAAGCGGUAGAACACGAAAUAAAAAAUCGGGAAUCCAGCCGUCCGACAAGUGCCGUUGAAGGAAAGCCAAUUUACGUGGAUGGUCCACUUUUAUCCUCUCAAUCUUCAGAACUUUCCGUCGAUAGCAUCUUGCAACAAAUUGGACCUACUCGAGUCUCGAUAGCGUUUUCCGUUAAACUGCAAGAAAUCAAAAUGGAGCUUUUCACGAAUAAUGCUCCUAGAAAAGAAAUGACGUUUACAACAACAUUAGAGCGACCCCUAUCCAAGUUGGCCAUACAGGGAUUCAAUGUCUCCGGCCAAUUGAUGACUGAUUUGUCGAUCCGAUCGACAGUCACGCUCCAUUCAUUUUUGAUUGAAGACACAAGACCAUUGGUGCAAUCAUCUGUCGUUUCAUCUCCAACGACUCCAGGGACCCCCAACUCGACAUCGAAGCGUUUGGUCGAGAGACCAAUCAAUUGCCUUCUCUAUCCCACCGAAUCCGGUAGCAACUCACAACAACAAAUGUUGAUGAUUAGUUUUCAACAAGAAAAGCAACAAGACUCGAAAGUAGAUGUACAUUUGUGCGGAUUCACUUUGAUUCUGUGCCCAAGUUACUUGUUGAGGCUCUUGAGCUUCUUCACUUCAGGAUUGCCUAAGCCCAAAUCAUCCUCUUCUACGAAGCCGACAGUUAAACCAAGCAAUUCUUCUCACGUCGCUCAAGCUCGCAGCAGAAUUCCUCAGUUUGUACCCUUGAUAACGGUCGCGGUCCGUGUGGACCAACCGGACAUUUUUCUGGUGGAUCGAAUCGAUCGCCUCGAUACCAGCGCCCUUGUUCUCAACUUUGAAAUGAAGUUGAAUCUUUUACUGCUACCGCAAGCAAUGGACAUCUCCGGAGAAGUUUCCAAACUCCACAUUUACUCCUGCCUUUUCGAUCCUGCUCAUCGCCAAGGAACCAUGGCCACCGUUCUGAGUCCCUGCUGGUUAGCUGUCAAAGCGAAGUUGUGCGAAGAUGAGCAAGCCUCUCAAGUGGACGUAAACAUAGGUGACGUGACUCUAAGUGUGUCCCCGGGAACGAUCGCGUUGCUAGCGAGUGUGAGCAAAAGUAUGGCCCUGACAGACGAUGACGGCUCGUCACUGAGAGAAGAAGAGGAGGAGGAAGAAUAUCAAAUAGAAACGGCUUCGUUGGCGAACCUUUGGGAAAUGAAACCCUUGGCUUUCUUUAACUUCCCGUUCCUGGAAACAGAAGUCGGCGUUGAAGCUCACGAACUUGUCCAACUCGAUAACUUGCCUUCGCCUUCAGAAACCCAUGGAAAACGCUGUCGCAGCGAAGAAAUGAUUGUGGUUUUUAAUCAUUUUGAAAUGAUGAUUGAAACGGGUCAGGGCAACCGAACUUCGCCUUUGGUUUUGGUGGAGAGUAAGAUGAAUGCCAGUGUGAAGAAUUGGAGCUCAGUAUUAGAAUUGUCCGCCAGCCUCAAUCUUCGAGCCGGCUAUUACAAUAGCAGACUGGCUUUGUGGGAACCUCUACUUGAACCAGUGGAUUGCACUCGUUUAGGACCGGUUCGACAGCGACCCUGGGAACUGACGAUGAAGAUGAAAAAAGUCGUGGAAGAUUUUUCUGACGGAUUUGAAUUUGAAAAUCGACCCUCUUCUAAACUGGAAAUCAAAUUUGAAUCAGCGGACACUAUGGAACUGACGGUGACUCGAAGCUUCCUUGAUGUUGUUUCUCUGCUGGGAAAAGCCUUUAGCGACGCAGUUAAUCAAAAACUGUCCAAACGGGAUCUGUUGCCCCCUUCACUUUACGUGGUCCAGAAUCAGUUAGACAAAAACGUUGUUAUCAGUCUUCACAAUUCUGAUUUUACCGUCGACGACGCAUCUAUCACCGAUGCCAAAGAACUGAUUCUUGAAUCCGGAUCGAAAAUUGGUUUGAAGUUAAGGGCUAAAACUCGUACCCGUUCUAUCCUAAGCGAAGAGAUGGAAAACGAAAGGAUCUUAACAGUCAAGAUACCAGACCUUUCUUACAGUAAUGGAAUUCCUGUUAGCCGUUCCAGCCGUCGCUAUCUACCAGCUGGACGUUCUGCAAGGGAUGAAAAUAUCGGGGUUGUUGCCGAUAUUUGCAACGAUUUUGGUUUCCGAUCCAUAACCUUCCGAGGCGUCGUACAAAUUCACAAUCAUUUCCAGCAACCGAUAGACGUUUACUAUAUGACGAAGACUGGCAACGAAGUGAAUGGAGUGGGCCGAGUGGAAGAGUGCGGCGUACUCAACGUCCCUUUAUUUGCUCUGUACACGCCGACUGGUGAACUUUUCUUCAGUCCUCUUGGAUAUGGCGUUUCGAUUGUACCCUUUGUGUGGCGGGAUCUUCAACGCCAGAAUACCAUCAACAAAGUGCUGCAGUGCAGUUCGCGGCAGUCUUCCGGAACUUCUCAUAAUGAAGAUCCAUUCUUCAUGCAGGUGACUGGGAACGUCGAGCACAUAUAUCUGGAAGACACGAGGAAGAAAACGCUAAACAGCUUUUGCUAUGCGAUCCAUCUGCGGCCGACAGUCAUUUUGCAUAAUUCCUUGCCGCUACCACUUUAUAUUCUUACAUGCGGCGCCGUGAACGAAUUGAUUGUGCCACCAGGCGCCAGCCGUUAUCUCUCUUCAGUGGAGCCUGGGGCUGCCUUCCUAGUCUUGAAGUUGAAGAACUAUCUGGAACGUGACUGGGCAUGCAAAGAAGAAAUUCGGCCAAUUCCAGUCGAGUUAUCUGUGUGGAGUCUGAUCUCGUACGACGGUUCUGCAAAGGCAACUUUAGACUUGGGCAUCUUUUCUACCGUCAAAGAUCAGACCGUUCAUAUGACGGUCUACUGCCCCUUUUGGAUGAUCAACAACACUGGUCUUUUGUUGGCUUAUAAGCAUUCCGGCAAGUCGUCUAAAAAGGCGAAGGUGCGCAAAUCAUUGAAGCGCUGGGCUUCCACGGUUUCUUUAAGGUCCGUUGCCUCGUUGGCGACAUCCUUGGGAGAAGAAGACAAUUGUAUUUAUCAUCCCGAGAACAUGCAGGACCCUGUGUUAUUUUCCUUUCGACCCAAAUCUUUCUUCGAAAAGAAGACUGCCAUGAUACGUGUCGAGGAUUCAAAUUGGUCGGAUCGAUUUUCUCUCGACGUGGCUGGUAGCUCGGGCCUUGUGACCUGCAAAACGGAAGAGGGGGAUGGCGAAAACCCAUUGUGUUACCAAUUAGGCUGUACUAUUCAACUCAGCCACGAAGGGUUAACGAAGCAAGUCAUUUUCACGCCGUAUUAUAUUAUCUCCAAUUUGGCUCCGUUUGAUAUUGACGUCUAUGAAGUACGCGAAGUGGGCCCUCGAUCACCGACGCCCACAACACGUCGAGACUGGCUGUCGGUUACAUCGAGCCAAUCUCUUCCGUUUUGGCCACACUUUCAGCAAAAAUGGAUGAUUUUCCGAGUAUCCGGCACAACGGAGGAGACACUCGCCUUAUCACUGGACAAUCCGCAACCCACGCUAUUACGGCUAAACAACGGCUACGGUGGGCUCUUCGUCGACUUUCAGGUUUCAGAGUCGUCCGUCGUUAUUGUCUGCCACCCAUACGAAGACGGUCGAGCACCUCUUCUGUUGGUCAAUCAUUCCCAAAUAUCUGUGAGCAUCAGUGAAUCAAACGAUGGAUCAACUUGUAUGGAGCUUGGACCGCAUCACGCUGCCUACUACACUUGGCUUCAGCCCAAUGGAGCAAGAAACUUAACAUGGGGUAGUUGUGGCUUCAAACGCGAGUUUAGUGGUCGCGACGUCACGCGGAGUGCCAGUGGCACUUUUGACAGCCCUGCUGGCUCUUUGGAAUGGAUUUCUUUCCUGCACGGAAGACAGCGCGUCCUGUUGUUCACCGAUGAUAAAAUGCUCGCCUUCCAGCAGCGCAGCGUCAGCACAGCAGAACCAGUUGAGCAGAGCGUCACUAUAUCGCUUCACGGACUUGGCGUCUCGUUAGUGGACAACGUGCAUCGACGGGAAAUUCUCUAUGCCGGAAUCACAAGCUCGGGUAUCAUCUGGGAGACUGCCAAAAUGAAUACGAUGCAACCGAUCUACCGCGCUAUGAUUGUACGACACAACAUAAUGCUGGAGGAGGCCUUCCAGCAAUACAUGCGCAAUUUGUCUGCAAAUAUCCCGACCAACAGCCGACGGGAAUUGGAUGGCGGUCGCCUUUUAGUCGACUUCAAAGAACUUAAAGUCUACAAGCCCAAAGAAAGAUUACUUCGGAGAAGCUACCGAUCCGGCGUAGAGUUACUGUUCGAGACAUAUUGCAAUCGACGACUUAUUCAUGCCCGUCUCAACAAACUACAGAUCGAUAAUCAGCUGGAAGAUUGUGUCUUUCCCGUCGUCUUUGCUCCUGUUCCUCCCCCUCGUAGCAUUGCCACCGAAUCCAUUCCGCAUCCGUUUGUGGAAAUCAGCAUCGUCGAAUUAGUUGGACAGCAAACUGACGUCAAACAAUACGAGUACUUUAAAUUGCUGGUGCAAGAGUGCCACUUUCGCGCCGAUAUGUCGCUGAUUAACGGAGUGGGAUCAUUGUUGGCGAAUGAAAGUGAUCUCGUAUCUGAAUUGGAACACAAACAUAACGUCGAAUUGGAUAUUCUAUCUGCCAAACGAGGAUUGCACGAGAGGACUCGUUUGCUCAACAACAAAGCCCCUGAAAACUAUUUCAAGAUGCUACACCUGUCCCCAUUGAAGAUUCAUCUCAGCUUCUCCAAUACUGGGACCGAUGGCGCUGUUAGUUCUUCAGCACAACAAAGCAGUAAUAAUCCCACCAGUCAGCUGCUCAAUUUGGUUCUACAAAGCGUCGGCGUCAGCUUGACGGAAGUUCAAGAUGUUGUCUUCCGCCUGGGCUUUUUCGAGCGCAACGACACCUUUUUGAGCUGGCAGCAGCUGGCCCAAGACCUACAAUGGCAUUACACUGGCCAAGCUGCAAAGCAGUUCUACGUCUUAGUCUUUGGAUUAGAUGUAAUUGGGAAUCCAUUUGGACUAGCCCUGGGAAUAUCACAAGGCGUCGAGCAACUCUUUUACGAACCUUUCCAAGGUGCAAUUCAAGGACCUGGAGAGUUUGUGGAAGGCCUAGCAUUGGGUGCCCGCAGUCUCGUUGGACACACAAUUGGUGGUCUGGCUGGAGCAGGAUCCAGGAUCGCCGGCACCAUAGGAAAGAGUCUGUCGUACUUAACGUUCGAUAAAGACUAUCAGAAGACCCGACGAGAAGAUUUGCGGCGUCGUCCCGCAGACAUUGGAGAAAAUUUAGCCCUUGGAGGCAAAGGCCUUUUUAUGGGCGUCGUGGAAGGCGUUUCAGGAGUUGUGAUGCGUCCGAUCGAGGGAGCCCAACAGCAAGGAGUAGGAGGUUUCUUCGCAGGAAUCGGCAAAGGCAUGGUGGGACUCGUGGCUCGGCCAACUGCUGCCAUCGCCGACUUUGCUAGCGGAUCACUGGACGCCAUGAAAAAAGCUGCCGAUGUCACCGAGGAGUUGUCACGCCUGCGUCCACCACGUUUUCUGCAUCCGGAUGGAAUCGUUAGACCUUAUAUCCGCUACCAAGCUGACGGGGAUUGUUUACUAAAGAUCCUGGAUAAAGGGCGGUUUUCCAAGACGGACUAUUAUGUGGACCAGGCAGUGACGGACACUAAAAUGACUCUUUUAGUAACAGAUCGUCGACUCGUGCUCAUGUCGCACGAUCUCUUUGGGCAAUGGCAGGUCGAGUGGAGCCACACGUGGGAAGAGCUAACCCAACCUCCCCAAUCGAAUCCCCACGGAUUGUACAUCCCCUUACGCAACAACAAGAAAGUCUUGGGAUUGUUCACGAGUAGCGAGAGUGGAAAGUUGGUUGCCAUUCAUUCUCAAGAGAAAUGCGAGAUGAUAAGCAGAAAAGUGGAACAAAUAAUGAAAUCGUAACUACGCGGAAGAUGAAUUGCGAAAAAAACAGACAUGAUUUACACCGCCGUUACAAAUUUUUCAGUUAAGAACCGUUUGCUUACUUUGGAAGUCAUGUCAUUUUUUUUAAAUUUAUAUUGUUAUGUCGUUGAUUCAAAUUCAGCUUUUGAAUAUUUAAUCCUUUUCUCAAGCUUCAAACUCUUUGACCGUCCGCAAAUAACUCGUUCAACUACUGUGAGCUUCAGUAUAAUAUAAUAUCAAUAUAUCGA